UUGGCUCACAAAUUAUUCCAUCUAAAUUUUACGAUAUUUUAACGGGUAAUUAUUAUUAUUUGCACAAUUAUGAGUGAAACUGGUUUGGGAAAUGUUAAUUUACCUUAUAAUUAGCAAGGAAAAAAAGAAGAGGAGAAAAAAUAAAAACAAGUCAUAUGUGAGUCGGCUCAAAGAGUCGACUCGUUUCUCUUACAUCAGUAACUUACCGUUUAACAUUGUGGACGCUGCUGUUACUUCAGAAAACAAAAUACAAACAAAUCAAUUCAAGUUACAGCAGUUUUAAUCACAAUUUAAAUCUAACUGCUAGCUAAUUAUGCUCAUUUGAAUAGAAAUUUGGCUUGUUAUGUGUAGUUAUUAAACACUUUUAGAUGUAACUAAGAUGUAGUUAAGUUAGCUAUUUAAGCUCUUUAUAAGUUAGUACAACUAACACACCAAUUUUAUCACAAACCUAAGCAUAAAUUCCAAUAAAUAAACUACGGGAGUUAAAAUUAUUAUUAGUAUAAAACACAAUUAACUAUAUUUAAAUAAAUUUAUAAUAACCACUCUAAAAGCAUCUAUGUAAAGCGUUGAGUGGAUUGAUGCUAACUAGCUAGCUCGCGUGAAAUAGCUUGCUAAUGCUAACUUUACCUCAGGUUUUCCCGCCACUGCGUUAGUUACGUCACGUCAGACGUCAAAAAAAAUCGUGAAAACCAGAAACAUGACUUCUAAAAUAUCAAAAAGACACUCUAAUAGAAAAUAUAAGCGCUUAAAAAUAUUUUUUGGCUCAUUACCGCUGGCGUAAAAUUAUUUAGAUUUAGCUAAAGGGACUUCAGUUUUUUUUUUUUAAAAAAAAAAACGGGGUACAACACUACAUUACCCAGAAUGCUCUUCUAGGAAGUACGCAUGCGCAGCAAACGCGGCCCCACUCGGAAAGCUACGCAGAAACCGGUUCGCUAACUAAUUCGUUCAUUUUCACAGAUGUAGGUGCUUUAGACUCCACCCACACUGGCAGUGAUGACAUCAAACAUGUGCACACGACUCCUGUUCCAGCUCGGCCAAUCGGGUCGAGCGCUUUUCUCCGCCGGUCCUCACGCCGGUCCUGUGUGCCGUUCCGGAGUGCGGCUGGUCCAGGCGCGGUCCUGCUCGUCUCGGGGAAGGAGGUCAGGCCAAGACUCGGGUCAGAACAGAGAACAUGGACUCUCUUCUGCUGGACCUGAGCUGGACUUCCAGCUGAGCCGGCUGCAGGUGGACGCUGUGCUGCGCGCUAACGAGCAGUCUGUGCGAGUUCCUGAGUUUGAUGGACGUGGAGGUCUGAGUCCCGUGCUGAAGUUCGAGAGCAAUCAGCUCGCUGCGAAUUCUCCUCUGGAGGACAGACGCAGCAGCGCCACCUGCUUGCAGACGCGGGGGAUGCUGUUUGGGGUUUUUGAUGGCCACGGCGGUCACGCGUGCGCUCAGGUUGUCAGUGAGCGUCUGCCUUAUUAUGUUUCCGUGGCGAUGAUGUCAGAGUCCAGCCUGGAGGAUCUGGAGGCUUCGAUGGAGACGGUACGGCCGUUCCCGCCGAUUCUGCAGUGGUACAAACAUCACAACGACCACAACUACCGCGAGUCCGCCGCUCUAUACGUCAAUCACUUGCGCGUCUUCUGGCAGGAGCUGCUCGCCAGCGAAGAGCACGGAGACGGAAUGAAGCCCAGCGACGCCCUCAGCUAUGCUUUCCAGCGCCUGGACACGGAUCUUUCGCUGGAGGCUCAGGUGCCACUCGCGAGCGAUCUGAUGCGGAACACGGCGGUCCAGGCGGCUUUCGCAGGGUGCACGGCUUGUCUCGCUCACGUAGGACCCGAAGGCAUUCAUGUAGCGAACGCUGGCGAUUGUCGAGCCGUGCUCGGCGUUCAGGAAAGCGACGGGAGCUGGAGCGCGCUGCCUCUGUCUCGGGAUCACAACACGACCAACGCAGCCGAAGUGGAGCGAGUGCUGUCUCAGCACCCGGCUAGUGAGCGGCAGACGGUCCUCGUGGACGACAGGCUGCUCGGCGUGUUGAUGCCACUGCGAGCUUUCGGAGACGUUCGGUUUAAAUGGAGCCGCGAGCUGCAGCAGAGCGUGUUAGAAAACGGAGGCUGUGACUCAGAGGCGCUGAAUCUUUAUCAAUACGCGCCGCCUAAUUACCUCACGCCGCCGUACCUCGAGGCCACGCCCGAGAUCACUUAUCACCGCCUGCGCCCUCAGGACCGCUUCCUGAUCCUGGCGUCGGACGGUCUGUGGGACGAGAUGGACAGCGAGGAGGCGGUGCGGCUGGUGGCGGAACAUUUAACCGGCAUCCACCUGCAGGCUCCGGUCUCGGCCAGCCAGCGCCAGCUCAGCCUGGGACAGAUGCACCAGCUGCUGCUGCAGCGCCGCGCCCGCGCCACGCCCGCACUCGACCUGAACGCCGCUACGCACCUGAUUCGCCACGCUCUCGGGACAAACGAGUACGGAGAGAUGGACCAGGAGAGAUUGGCAGCCAUGCUGGCGCUCCCAGACGACCUGGCACGCAUGUAUCGCGAUGACAUCACCAUCACCGUGAUUUAUUUCAACUCGAGUCUCAACAAAACGUCACGGAAUAAUUUGUGACAAUCCUCCGUUAAACAAACAAACAAAGCUGUAAACAAACAAACCUGUAAACAAACAUAUCUCUCUGAUAAACACUGAACAACAAACACUGAGACCUUCAGCCUCGUUUUGUGCGCGAUGGAUGAAGUUUAAAUAUAAAAUUAAAGCGUUGAGAUGCAGAAAGAAUCACGGUUUUAUUGCGUCAUGGGCCGGAAGAUCAAAGCUUGUGAGAGUUGAGAUUCACAGUCUGUGUGCUGAGAUUAUUUUAUCACAUUUUAUGAUUUAUGAUGAUGUUAUAACAAUAAAGAACUGACACUCGUCCUUAACAGGAAGUGAACCUCGGCGUCUCGAGUCAGCGCCAGCACGUCAUCGCUCCCGGCGCUUUGCGUGUGACGUUUGUUUACACGCGAAAAAGUGACAUUUAAUCUCAGGUGCACAAACUGUGCAGAUAAAUGUACUGCCCAUGAAAACAACGUGCUGGGGGUUAAAUCUCAUAAUGUGAUGUAACGUAUAACUGAGUGACGAUUUAUUUAAUUUGUUUCACUUUUAUUCUAAUUAAAUUCUAAAUUAUCGCAUAUUUCACAUGUUUAUUAAAUCUUUCCUGCAUUUUUCUCUUGUGAACUCGUUCAAGUUUGGAUUAUGUGCUGAUGUACGUUCUUCUUUUUAAGAAAAAUUACAUCAUUUUGUUGCUUCUUCGUUUUAAUUUUAAUUUUAAUUUUAAUUUUUUUGUUGCUGCUUGUUUACCAGAAGGACACUGUAUGAAGCUGAUGUGGAAAUGUUUACAUUCACAGCAUGGUUCUGUUUCAUUACUGCGUUAUGUUCAGUGGAAACUGUGUUCAUGUGUCUCCUUCGAUCGUUUUUCAUUCUGUUUCUUCCGCUGGAUGUUUCCUUCGACGCUGUUUUGACGUUGCACUUUAGUGGAAGCUGCUGUAAAACCCCGUGUCUGUGUGUUCAGGAGUGAAGUGCUGGUGAUGUGAUGGUCAUUAGAUGCGACUCGUAGCUAUUAACCAGGUCGUGUUUCAUGCUGUGAAAUUCAUUCUGUUUUUUAUGACUGCAUUUACGGUUUUAAAAAGUUCAUCAGCCAUAAUGUACAAAGCCAGGAAUAAUUAAAGGAUAUGAAGGCAUCGUUUCAAAUA